GGAAAACCAUUUUUUCAACCCACCUGCCUUCCAAACCUUGUCUAAUGACUUUGUCUCAAAGUCCCUCCCUUUUCUUCUUCAUCUUCACCACCAUCAUCAUCAAAACAUCAACACUUUCUCUCCAAAAUCCCUGCAAAAUCAUGUCCAACCACCACUAAGCCAUAGUCUCAAUCUCAAUUUUCCAUAAUGGGCAACUGUUAUGCUUGUCUGACUUAUGAAGAUCAAAAAGAAUUAAGAACGGAGAAAAAGGAAGAAGAAAAAAGAAGAAGAAGAAAUAGACAGAGAAAACCAAACCCAUACUCAGAAGACCCAAUACGUACACCAGCACCAAUCAGAGUCUUAAAGGAUAUUACUCCACUUACAUCCCACAGAACCAAAAUCAGUGAUAAGUAUGUAUUAGGACGUGAACUUGGUAGAGGUGAAUUUGGGGUAACAUAUUUAUGUACAGAUAGAGAAACAAAAGAAGCAUUAGCAUGUAAAUCAAUAUCAAAGAAGAAACUAAGAACAGCUAUUGAUGUUGAAGAUGUUAGAAGAGAAGUAUCAAUUAUGUCAAGUUUACCUGAUCAUAUAAAUAUUGUGAGAUUAAAAGCAACUUAUGAAGAUAAUGAAGCUGUUCAUUUAGUUAUGGAAUUAUGUGAAGGUGGUGAAUUAUUUGAUAGAAUUGUUGCCAGAGGUCAUUAUAGUGAAAGAGCAGCAGCUAAUGUUGCUAGAACUGUUGCUGAAGUUGUCAAAAUGUGUCAUGAACAUGGUGUUAUGCAUAGAGAUUUGAAACCUGAGAAUUUCUUGUUUGCUAAUAAGAGAGAAAAUGCUGCUCUGAAAGCUAUCGAUUUUGGUCUGUCAGUCUUCUUUAGACCUGGUGAAAGAUUUUCAGAGAUUGUGGGAAGUCCUUAUUAUAUGGCACCAGAGGUGCUGAGGAGGAAUUAUGGACCUGAAGUUGAUAUAUGGAGUGCUGGAGUCAUUCUGUAUAUCUUGUUAUGUGGGGUUCCUCCAUUUUGGGCUGAGACUGAACAAGGAGUUGCCCAUGCAAUUCUGAGGGGAGUUAUAGAUUUCAAAAGGGAUCCGUGGCCUAAAGUAUCUGAUAGUGCUAAGAGUUUAGUUAAACAGAUGCUAGAACCUGAUCUGAAAAAGCGUCUGACUGCUCAACAAGUGCUAGAACAUUCAUGGUUACAGAAUGCAAAGAAAGCUUCAAAUGUGCCAUUAGGAGAUAUUGUGAGAACAAGGCUCAGACAGUUCUCCAUGAUGAAUAGAUUAAAAAAGAAGGCCAUGAGGGUAAUUGCCGAGCACUUAUCAAUUGAAGAAGUCGAAGUCAUUAGAGAUAUGUUUAAAUUGAUGGACACUGAUAACAGUGGGAAAAUAACAUAUGAAGAAUUGAAAGCUGGUCUACAGAAGGUUGGUUCUCAAUUGGCAGAGCCAGAAAUGAAGAUGCUUAUGGAAGUGGCUGAUGUUGAUGGGAAUGGCACAUUAGACUAUGGAGAGUUUGUUACAGUGACUAUUCACUUGCAAAAGAUGGAAAAUGAUGAACACUUCCGCCGAGCAUUUAUGUUCUUUGACAAAGACGGAAGUGGCUUUAUCGAAAUGGAUGAAUUACGUGAAGCCUUGACCGAUGAGUCCGGAAAAACUGAUGACGAAGUAUUGAAUGACAUCCUACGCGAAGUUGACACUGACAAGGAUGGUCGAAUAAGCUAUGAGGAAUUUGUUGCAAUGAUGAAGACUGGAACAGACUGGAGAAAGGCAUCCCGACAUUACUCGAGAGAGAGAUUCAAGAGCUUAAGCCUAAAUCUGAUGAAAGAUGGUUCAAUUAAGAUGGAUGACGAGGUUGUCACCAAUGGGCUAACUGCUGUAGUGGCGUGAUUGGCAGAGUACUCAUGGUUCUUAUUUUUAUUUUAUUUGGUGAUGCCAAAGAAAGAACCAAUGCUGCUGAAGAGCCAAAGAGAAACUGUGCGCUAAGUUACCAAAUAGGAUGUGGGUAGAAAAGUCCGUACGUGAUUUUUUUCGCAGCUCUGUGAAUGGUUCUCCUUUUUGAGUUGCUUUUGAAUGGAUAGUGUAUAAAAUUCGCAAUGGUAAGACCGAGCACGUGUAGUCCUUGUUAUGGACAAAGUAAAAGGUUGGACUUGGCUGGCUGUUUUUCAUUUGCAUCACAUUUUACUUGUAAAUCUGUCUGCUUUCUGAUUAAUGUGUUUGAUUGGGUUGUAGUAUUGUGUAUUUCUAUUUAUUCUUCUUCUUUACCAAAGUUUUGUUCCCUUUUAUAGAAGUUCUAUUUGAUCUU